CCUGCCGCGCCCGUGCACGAGAUUUACCGGUGCCAGAAAGCUACCAUGGUCCAAAUUCAUCUUCAGUCAUGGGUUGGGCAGCACCCGAUUGCCGCUGCAGUUGCGCUCCUCCUCACGUACUUUGUAAUCGACUUUUGUUGGAAAGGGUACAAGAUCCGAUCCCGGUUUAGGAAUCUUCCGGGACCCCCGCACCACUGGGUUUGGGGCCAUAUUCCGAUCCUCUUGGAGCUUCUGAAAGAAAUACCAAUCAAUGCCUCCUCUCUUUACUAUGCGGAUCUUCUGCGAGAAAAGUAUAACCUCGGCGACAUCUUCUACUUCGACCUAUGGCCCAUAGGCAUGCAGUUCUUGAUGAUCUUGGACCCCGACAUCACCAAGCAAAUCAUCGUCAGGAAGCCGACACACAAGAACAGCAUGCUCAAGUUGUUCAUGCGCUUUCUCGUGGGCUCCCACGACAAUCUUCUCUCGGCUGACGGCCACACGUGGAUGAAACUUCGCAGGAUAUUCAACCCAGGAUUUGCAUCCAGUCAUCUCAGCACGAUGAUUCCCGGCAUUGUCGAGGAGACCGAGAUCUUUUCCAAAACGCUCGAAGAGUAUGCGCAGAAAGAGCGAGCCUUCAGGCUGGACGAGACAGCAACGCUGCUGACGAUUGACGUAAUCGGUCGCUUGAUUCUCGAUACACAGCUUCAUUCUCAGACAGCCCCGAAUGAACUCACCUCGGCAAUCAUCAGCCAGGUCGCAUGGAUCCCGCAAGCACGACCUACUCGCCCAUGGGAGAUAUUCAAUCCCACCUUCCUCGUCAUGAUGUGGCGGAACAACCGCAAGAUGGACGCCUACAUCUCCGACAUUCUCGAGAAACGUUUUGCCGAACAGAGGGCAGACCGCACAAAAGGGAGAAACGUCAUGGAUCUUGCCCUCGAUGCCUAUGGCAAAGGGAAGGGACAGAGUGAGGAAGCUCUUCCAUCCGUACCUCUGGACCCCGGGUUCAAAAGGGACGCAAUUUGCCAGGCAAAGACUUUCAUGUUCGCGGGUCAUGACACAAUCAGCGGCACCCUAUGCUACGCGUACUACCUUUUGCACAAAAAUCCGGACAAAAUGGCCAAGCUGCGCGCUGAGCAUGAUGAAGUGCUCGGAACUGACGAGGCCGAGGCCGGAAAGUUGAUCACGGCGCAGCCGAAUAUCCUGAACAAGCUAGAGUACACUCUUUGUGUUUUGAAGGAGACGCUCCGCCUCUACCCGCCGGCGAGCACCCUACGCGAGGGUAACAAGAACCUCUUCAUCACAGACCCAGUGACCGGUGCAUCCCUUCCGACAGAGGACUUCGCCGUCUCCCCCAUCACGAUCGGGAUGCAGCGGCACCCCAAGCACUUCCCCAACCCCCACGCCUUCAUCCCCGAGCGCUUCCUGCCGCGGGACGGCCCAGAUGGGCAGAAAUUCUCCGACUCUUCCAACCUCGCCUAUCUCCCCUUCUCCAAAGGACCGCGCAUCUGCAUCGGCCAAGAACUCGCCAUCACCGAGAUGAAGAUCGUCCUGGCCAUGACUGUGCGGAAAUUCGACAUCCGCAGCGCGUUCGAGGAUCUGAAACUGCUCAAGGGCGGCCCGGGGUGCUGGCCCAGUGACGAGUCCGGCAUCCAGAAGGUGUAUGGUGACGAGGCCUAUCAGAUCAUGAUGGGUUCGGCAAAGCCUAGGGAGGGGAUGCCUGCGCGGGUGAGCGUGAGGAAGCAGGGCUGAAGUGACGGAGAGGAGAGCGACGCUUUCGGUUGCCACGAAUCCCGGCUGGUGAACUGUAUGUCAGAGGAUUCCCCAUACCAACUGGUUGCCUCACUCGCUGCGUAGGGAUUGGACUCGUUUCUCCAGUUCUUGGGAUUUUCCAAAGUAAAAUGAAGACACCGCACAUGGCAUGGAAAUCAGACUGCUCAACUCCCUGGCGUUUAACCGCUUGUCGGGAGACGCGAGCUUUGUUAUUUAAUGCAUAUAGUUCAGGUUUAUUUUACAUAAUACCGAGAGAGCUCAUAACCGUC